CACAUACACCCCCUACACACACACACACAGUACAAAAGCGCAACACCGCCCUUCUUUCUCUCUCUACCCUCACUCUUUCUCUCUCUAGUAUUUCUUCAAACAACUGGUCGUCGCCUGAAAAACAUCCGUCAACGUCGCCGGGAAAAAUCCGUUAACGUUGUUGUUGCCGGAUAUUGCCGAAAACAUCGCCGGAGAAUAUUCCAACGGAUGAACUGUUUAACAGUUUCACUUUCAAGCAAAAUCUCCGUGCUUCUGGCCACAUCUAUAGAAUAACGACAUUCUCAGCCGUAGACGGUGGCCGGACGGACGACAGAAUAGGCGGUGACAGUAAGUUUUAGUUUUCACUAUUGGAUAACGACAUCAAUCACGGCGUUGAUUACCGGAAAGUACGCCGUUGUUUUAGUUUUGGAAACACUGAGCUGUGUGUAACUGUGUAUUGUGUGUGUCACCGGGAAAAGGAAACGGCUCUAUUCCGUCAGACGACGCCGUUUAAGUGAUUUUUAUCAGCAAAGGUGUUGUGUUUUUUGAUUAAAAGGAGGGAGUUUUAAAUUAAAACGGGGUAUUUGAUUUGAAACGGUGUCGUAUUUAUACAUAAAAAUGGUUUGACUGAUUUAUUCUCGAAACGGGAGAAAGACAGAAGAAAAAGCACAAAUAAAAAGAAAAAUAAACGGUGUCGUAUGGGGAGGUUAGCGGUGGGGAUAUCGGCGGGGUUUGCGGUGGCGGCGUGUAUUGUGGCGGCAGCUAUGGUGGGUAAGAGGGUAAAAAGGAGGAGGAAGUGGAAGAAGAUGGUGAAGGUUCUAGAAGAACUGGAAGAGUCGUGUGGUACACCCGUGGGUAGGCUAAAGCAAGUAGUGGAUGCUAUGGCUGUUGAAAUGCACGCUGGACUUGCCUCUGAAGGCGGGAGUAAACUCAAGAUGUUGCUUACUUAUGUUGAUAAGCUCCCAAAUGGGAGGGAAAAGGGAACAUAUUAUGCUCUGCACCUUGGUGGUACGAAUUUUAGAGUCUUGAGAGUCCACUUAGGAGGCCAAAGGUCUGCUAUUCUUGGACAAGAUAUAGAACGACAACCCAUUCCGCAACAUCUAAUGACUAGCACAAGCGAGGAUCUCCUUGAUUUCGUUGCGUCAUCAUUAAAGGACUUCAUUGAAAAGGAAGGUAAUGGCUUGGAGCAGCCUUCACCCAGGAGGAGAGAACUUGGCUUUACAUUUUCAUUUCCUGUGAAGCAAACUUCCGCCUCAUCUGGCAUUUUGAUCAAAUGGACAAAGGGAUUUUCGAUUGAAGACAUGAUUGGAAGAGAUGUUUCUGAAUGUCUACAACAAGCAAUUGCUAGAAAAGGUCAAGAUGUGCGGGUGGCAGCAUUGAUAAAUGACACUGUGGGAACUCUAGCUCUUGGACAUUAUAAUGAUGAAGACACAGUUGCCGCGGUUGUAAUUGGGACCGGCACUAACGCAUGCUAUUUGGAGCGGGCAGAUGCAAUUAUUAAGUGCCAAGGUCUUUUAACAACAUCAGGAGGCAUGGUAUAUAUGCUUUUUCAUAUUUUUGUUAAGUGCCAAGGUCUUUUAACAACAUCAGGAGGCAUGGUAUAUAUGCUUUUUCAUAUUUUUGUUAAGUGCCAAGGUCUUUUAACAACAUCAGGAGGCAUGGUAGUCAAUAUGGAAUGGGGAAACUUUUGGUCAUCUCAUUUACCUAGAACCUCAUAUGAUAUUGACUUGGAUGUUGCUAGCCCAAACCCAAAUGAUCAGGGUUUUGAGAAAAUGAUAUCAGGACUGUAUUUGGGAGACAUUGUCAGGAGAGUACUCCUUAGAAUGUCACAGGAAUCAGAUGAUUUUGGACCUGCAUCAUCAAAAUUAGCAGUUCCUUUCGCCUUGAGGACACCGUUGAUGGCUGCUAUGCACGAGGAUGAUUCACCUGACUUAAGUGAAGUAGCCAGGAUUCUGGGAGAAGUUCUAGAGUUACCUGAUGUCCCAGUGAAAGUUCGGAAGCUUGUAGUGAAGGUAUGUGAUGUAAUUACUCGAAGGGCUGCUAGAUUAGCAGCUGCUGGUAUCGUGGGAAUAUUGAAGAAGAUAGGUCGAGAUGGAAGUGGAGGCAUAGCUGGUGGAAAAUUCAGGAGCGAUAGACCAAGUCGGAUGAGAAGAACGGUUGUGGCUAUCGAGGGUGGUUUAUACACAAGUUACACCUUAUUCAGAGAAUACCUGAAUGAAGCGAUGAAGGAAAUUUUAGGGGAAGAAAUUUCCUCGAACGUCAUUCUUAGGGUCAUGGAAGAUGGAUCAGGGAUUGGAGCAGCUCUUCUUGCUGCUGCAAAUUCAGCCUCUGAAGUGGAUAGGGUACAGCUGCACUGAAUAUAAAGCAAAUACUACUAUAUAUACAUAUCUAUACACAGCUUUGUAAAUUGUAGAAAAUUGUUUCAAUAUUAAAUCCUAUCAAAUGUAAUAGGAAGGUUGUGUAUAUGUGUCAUAUAUGUUCAAAUCUGAUGUUAUAGUCUAGAAUAUCCCCAUUGUGUUCUUAGAAUGAUCAUUGGAAGUUGUUGUAUGUGAAAUUAAUGCUAUUGAUGAUUUCAGUAUUUAUCCCCUUUCUGUA